GUACUCACACUAUAUUUAUAUCUGAUCAAACACGUUCUCUUUUUUGCAAUUUUAAAGAUAAGAUUGAGGAACAGUGUGAGGACCAGUGCUGUUCAGAUGGAAGAUGAGGAUGAGGAACAGUGUGAGGACCAGUGCUGUUCAGAUGGAAGAUGAGGAUGAGGAACAGUGUGAGGACCAGUGCUGUGCAGAUGGGAGAUGAGGAUGAGGAACAGUGUAAGAUGUGGGUGUGUUGUGAGCCUCUUGGCCUCCCACAGGGCGGGGAAGGUUGUGGUGUGUGAAGCUCGGAAGUGAGAGCGCAUUGUGGAGGAGCUCAGGGUGCUGGAGGAAGAAGGUUGGAAGUUCACGGUUUCUCUUUAUGACGGUGAAGUUUGGUGUCGCCGGUGUGUUUGUUUUGAUUUGCGCUCGUGCUGCGCUCGUGAGGACGGAGCAGGUGAUCAGUGUACAUCCGCUCAGCGCGUGCGGUCCGCUGGAGGAUCUAAAGGAGGAUCUGAGGAGCAUCUGAGGAGCAGGACUUGUAGCUUCACAGCUCAGUGUAGAUGAAAGUCCUGAUGGAGCAUUAAAGCAGGUGCUGUGUGACAUGUGGUGUGUUCUCGAGGGCCAUGAUGAGCGUCUCAGAGAGCAGAAGCGUCUCAGACGUGUCCUACAUUCUGAACAUUCGUGUGAGUGUGUCCCUCAGGACGCGUCCGUCCUGCACGGUGCGGGUGUGGAGCAGCACCACGGCGGCUCUGGUGGUGCAGCGCAUCGCUGAUCUUCUUAAGUUGGACUCGUCUAAGUCGUACGAGUUGGUGGAGGUGAGAGAACAUGCCGAGGACAAGCAUGUGCUCCAGAUGGACCACUAUCCUGUGGAUCGUCUGCUGCUUUGGCCACAGGGACAUGAAGAACAUCAGGAUCGUUAUUAUUUUAACUUUCAGGAGGCUGAACAUGACCCCUGUUGUGACGUGAAUGACCUGUGCUGCCUGAGCGAGCUUACUGAGGACCGCAUUCUACAAACUCUUCGCUGUCGCUUCUACAAGGGCAAAAUCUACACUUACGCCUGUAACAUCCUUAUCACAGUGAACCCCUUUAAGUUCCUUCCCAUCUAUAACCCCAAAUAUCUGCAGAAGUACGACAACUGCAUUCUGGGAAAAGAAGAUCCUCACAUCUUUGCUGUAGCGGAUGCUGCGUUCCACACCAUGCUGAACAAACAGACCAAUCAGUGCAUCGUCAUCUCCGGGGAGAGUGGCUCAGGGAAAACACAGAGCACCAACUUCCUCAUCCACUGUCUGACCACGCUGAGCCAGAAGAGCUGCACCAGCGGCGUGGAGAGGACCAUCCUAGGAGCUGGACCAGUGCUGGAGGCAUUUGGAAACGCAAAGACCACGUACAACAACAACUCGAGUCGCUUUGGGAAGUUCAUCCAGGUGAAUUUCCUGGAGGGUGGAAUCGUUAGAGGAGCUACUAUAGAGAAGUACCUGCUUGAGAAAUGCCGUCUGGUUUCCAGGAAGAGCAGAGAGAGAAACUAUCAUGUGUUUUAUUACUUGCUUGUUGGUGCAUCUCAGGAAGAAAAAGAAGAAUUCAGACUGUUACAACCUGAAUAUUACUACCUCAAACAGGAUCAGUGUGAUGUGGAUGAUGUGGUGGAGAUUCAGUCUGAGUUUAAGAGAUUACAGCAGGCCAUGGAGAUGGUUGGUUUCCUGCCUGCUACCAAGAAACAAAUAUUCUCAGUGCUUUCUGCAAUUCUGUAUCUGGGAAGCGUGGCGUAUGAGACGAGAGCAGAUGAAGACGGAGUGACUGUGGGACCCGCAAACGUCCUUCAAACGUUAUGUCACCUGCUCAAGGUGAGAGAGGAUCUCCUAGUUGAGGCUCUGACUAAGAGGAAAGCUCAAACGGUAAACGACGUCCUCGUGCUGCACUACAGCCUCAGUGAGGCCGUCACAGCACGAGACUCGAUGGCUAAAUCUCUGUACAGCUCACUGUUUGAUUGGAUCGUCUUCCGCAUCAACCACGCUCUUCUUAACAAGAGAGACAUGGAGGAGGCUGUCCCGUGUCUCUCCAUUGGUGUGUUGGACAUUUUUGGUUUUGAGGAUUUUAAGACCAACAGCUUUGAGCAGUUCUGCAUUAACUACGCUAAUGAGCAGCUACAGAAUUACUGCAACCACCAUAUCUUCCUUCUGGAGCAGGAGGAGUAUAAGUCAGAAGGAAUCAGCUGGACCUCAGUGAGCUACACAGAUAAUAUGGAGUGUAUUAAUCUGAUCAGUAAGAAACCCACAGGUCUGCUGUACCUGCUGGAUGAGGAGAGCAGUUUACCUCAUGCCACUGACCGAACGCUGUUGGAGAAGUUCAAGCGGCAGCAUCAGGAGAACCCUUUCUUCAUUGCUACGUCGGUCCUCGAGCCAGCCUUCAUCAUCCAACACUACGCCGGCAAAGUCAAAUACCAGAUACAGGAUUUCAGAGAGAAGAACACGGACCACAUGAGGCCCGAUAUUGUGGCGCUCCUGCGCAGCAGUGAACGAGGGUAUCUGAGGAGGUUAAUCAGUGCGUACCCGGUUGCAGUGUUCAGGUGGGGGAUCCUACGGGCCACAGUACGCGCAAUGUUUGCCAUUAAAGCAGCGGGGCGACGUUGGGCCACUGAACAUCCAGCUGCAGUGAAGCGAUACUCCCGUGACUCGCUAAAGGAACUGAAGAGGCCGAGCUCUGCCGUUGAUCGACUGAAGAGUCAGCGAUCUCUCAUCGAGUUCUCCUUUGACCGUUCAGAGGAAAACCCACUCGAGAUGUUGGAGGAUGUUUUUGCCACAUUUGAGAAUAAAAGGGAAUUGCAUGCCAAAAUCCGACACACAGUAACACGCUUAGGAGGAGAUGUUCCUCAAAAGUUCCGUCUCUCCACCGUUUCUGUGAGGAAAUUACGACACUUUUCUCAGAAGAGUCGCGCUGGCCGUCAAAAACAGAUCAUUCCAAAGAACCUGAUGGACUGUCGCUGUUUGAAGCUCAUCAUGGAAUUGAAUCUUCAUAACAGAGACACUCGUGCUUUACUCCACCUGCACAAGAAGAAGAAACCACCCAGUAUCAGCACCCAGUACCAGAUGUCUCUGGUGAAGCUGUUGGAGACUCUGAGGAGAGCUGAGCCGUUCUUCGUGCGCUGUGUCCGGUCCAACACUGAGAAGAGGGAAAUGCAGUUUGAUGAUGAUCUUGUCCUUCGUCAGUUGAGGUACACAGGCAUGUUGGAGACGGUGCGCAUUAAGAGAUCAGGUUAUGGAGCCAAGUACACUUUCACGGAGUUCAGGGAUGAGUUCAGGAUCUUGUUGCCGAGACAGUCGUCUUCUCUUCAGAGAGACAUCAAGGAACUUCUGCUUAGAGUCAUAGAGGACAAGAACAACUUUCAGAUCGGCGAGACCAAGGUGUUUUUGAAGGAAAUGGAGAGACAGAAGCUCCAGGACACACUGCAUAAGGAGGUAAUGAGGAGGAUCCUUCUGUUGCAGCGCUGGUUUCGGGCGUGUCUCACUCGCAAACACUUUCUGAUGAAGAGACGAGCCAUCAUCAUUGUACAGAGGUCAUGGCGAGGUUAUCGAGUGUCGUCUUGCUGCAGAGCAGCUUCAGUUAUCCAAAAAGCGUGGAGAGAAUCUCAUGAGCGAGCAGAGUUCCAGCGGCAGAGAGAGAGCCUGAAGAACCUGCAGCAGCUCCAACGCAGCUCAGAGGACCGCAGGCAUCUGCAGGAGGAGCGAGUGAGUGGGGCAGAAGGUGUUAAGGGCACUUCAGAAAGUGAGGGCAGCAGGAAUGAGACGCGGCUGCAACGCCCUGAAGGCAAAAUGCCACCUAAACCACUUCAAACAUCAGCGGAGAAUGAGAAUGAGACGCAGAAUCGAGGCAGCGUCCCAGAGCAGAAGGAGAGACGAGACGACGGGGAGACAAAUAGAGACACAGCUGUAGCUCCGCCCCCACCUGACCCCCUCACCGAUCCGAGAGCAGACGAUGGUCUCAGUGUGUUGCUGCUGCAGCGCUCUAAACCGGCCAACAUGAAGGAGAAAGUGGAGAAGUGGAGAGAGAGAAGGAGUGACGUUGUGAUUUCAGACAGGAGCCACGUCGAGAACCGUAUGAUGGAUCAUUUAAAACCUCAAGGACUUUCAGUGUCUCUGGGUAAUCUCACCAAACUGAGUUCAUCUGAGUCAGACAGCACAUCUCCAUACAGUGAGGUGACGCUGCGUAGACGUAGACGCUCAAAACACAAGCGUCGGUUGGCUCACGCUCGCAGUGGCCUCGUGCUGAAAGGUACAGAACAAGAGCAGGGUGAGGAUUACUGGAUAUUCCCACUUCCUCCCUGCAGCCCCGGAAUGUCGUUUCGCUCCAGCGCCCCCAUGGUGCUCGAGAAAACCCAGCUGCCUAAUGGAUCUAAAUCGAGUGAGAUGCAGAGUCCGAGUGAAGCCAGACAGCAGCUCGCUCCAGAAAAAGGAGGAUUUUUUGGUCGUUAUUUCCACAAGAAGCGAGUCGGUCCUCAGGAUGGGAACAUGACGAUGAGCAGAAACCUCACUGAGAGAGACGAGUUUAAGCGUUUGAACAGUACCCCCCCCACCUCAGCAUCGUCUCUCGCUAAACGAAGGCGUCAGAGCAUAAAGAUCAGCCGCGGGACGCGAGAGCAGAGUAACGUCUACCUGAACCGCCAGAUUACACACGCUACAGAGCUACGCUACCUCGAUGAGUUCCUUGGAAAUCAGAUGAAUGAUCUACAGUCCAGGGUUAAGUCUCUCUCAGAGACUGAGGUGAUUUUCUUCACAGCAACGACGCAGUUCAGGGACACUAUAAAGAGCAUGUACUCCCUUUCGAACCCACAGAUCAGUUAUAAGGGGCUGCUGCAGGGGUAUAAGAGUAAAGUGGAGAGUUUGGCGGCGCAGAAGAAGAAGGAUGAGGUUCCUCUGGUGGUGAAUUUGUUCCAGUCAGUGCUGGACGGCUUUAUCAGAGCUGAGAUCAAACGUGUCUCAUCAGAGUCUGAUCUCACAAAGAUGACAAAGAAGAUGAAGAGGACGAGAGAAAACGAGAAGUGUCUCCCUGACAGCCCUCUGGAUCACUUGUUCUGCACAUACCAAGUGAACAUUGUUCAGUCAUGUGACAUGUGCGGCUCGUUCAUCUGGUGUAUGGAGAAAGCCUGCAUGUGCAGUGUGUGUAAGAUGGUGUGUCACAGGAAGUGUAUGGGUAAAAUCACCACACACUGCUCCAAACAUGGCGAGAAGAAGACUGAGGUAGGUAAAGUAGGCACUGUGAACUUUGGCGUGCACUUGCUCACUCUGACCAGCAGGGUGGAUCCAGUGCCCUGUAUGUUAGAAAGGCUGCUGGCGCAUGUGGAGAUGAACGGACUUUACACCGAGGGGAUUUACCGCAAAUCAGGAUCCACCCUCAAAGCUAAAGAGCUCCAUCAGCUACUGAACACCAGUCCUCAAAGUACAAAUUUGGAUAAUUAUCAGAUCCACACAGUUACAGGUCUGAUUAAGUCCUGGUUACGGGAGUUACCUGAACCCCUGAUGACCUUUAACCUCUACAACGACUUCCUGUAUGCUGCCGAUAUGCCAGAGAAUUCGGAAAAGCUGAGAUCUAUCUACAGGAAGUUAGAGGAACUUCCUGCUCCGAACUUCAGCACGCUGGAGCGUCUGGUCUUUCACCUGGUCAAAGUGGCGAAGGAGGAGGAUCAUAACCGGAUGUCUGCUAAUGCUCUGGCCAUCGUGUUCGCUCCAUGUGUAUUGCGAUGUCCUGAUGUUUCUGACCCACUGCUCAUCAUCAAAGACCUGCCCAAGACCACGCUGUGUUUGGAGGUGCUGAUCCUGGAACAGAUGAAGAAAUUCGAUGAGAAGAUGAAGGAGAUCCAGCAGUUGGAACAUGUUGAGGCCCUGGCAGUUAAACAGCUCACACUGCGCAGACAGAACACGGUUCUGGAGAACUCGAGUGGAAAAGCGGACACGGUUCAGACAGACGAAUCGGACUCGGACAUGGAGAAAACGCUGCUGGAGAGACUCCGAUCUAUAAAACAUGAGAAGAGUAAAUUGGUCUUCAGGCUGCCAGAGCUGGGUGCUUCUGAUAGCGAGAACCUGGAGUGUGAGAGCACAUCGGGUUUUGAGAGUCCUCUCGAGGACAGAAUGACUUCGCUAGUGUUGGAAGGUGAGUGGAGAGCGACGGAGGAAAAAGCAGUGUGUGAUGUCGAAGCUCAGAGACGCAGCAGUGCUCAGCGUGUCGUUCAGGAUGACCGCCAGAAUUUACAAAGCAUCACUGAACGAGACAUCCCUUUUAUAGAUGACGAUUAGCAUCGAAACAUUCAGCGCCGAUCAGUCACUAAACCACCCUGAACAACAUGUGCAGUAUCGUUAGCACAGAGAGUUUAUAACCGCUAACAGUUCUCACUACUCAUUAUUUUGUUGGAAAGCGUUGCCAUGGUUACGCUGUGGAGUGCAGCAAGCUAGCCAUUGUUAAAAGUAGGAGCUUAAUGUCUAGCUAGCUAAGUGUUGAUACAAAAUGUAUUUGGUUAAAACUAGCUGUAAUCUUAUCACUGAUAGAGCUAAUUAUUAUUAUUAUUAUUUUUAAAAUCAGUGUAAAAAUGAAAUAAAUAAAACUCGACUCAAACAUGCGGCGACGAAGCGCUGAGUGCUAACUGCUAGCUACAGCCGCUAACAGCUGCUAGUGCUACAGCUAA